CGGCGGCGGCAGCAGAGGAAGCGAUGGGCUUCCCUGCAGUCUCCUCCGGUCCCCUCCUGGCUUCAUGCAGGCCUCUUCUCUCCCUUCUUGCGGAGAAUGAGCACAAGCUGAAGCAGUAUGCUCUGGAGCAGAUGGACAAGAUCGUUGACUACAACUGGGCAGAGAUCGCGGAUCACAUCGAACAAAUCGAAGAACUUUACGAAGAUGAUAAGUUCAGUCAUAGGGAGCUUGCUGCCUUGAUUGCUAGCAAGGUCCACUAUCACCUCGAACAGUUUUCCGAAUCUCUUUCCUACGCUUUGGGUGCUGGAACAUUGUUCACAGAUCAGAUUGCUAGUGGAAAGCCGUCGCAGUAUGUGUUCACCAUUUUGUCGAAGGUUAUCGACAAAUACAUUUCUGAGAGGAUUGAAAAGUCAGAGGGUGGGUCUGAUGCAGAACCUAUCGAUGGCAGACUUGAAGCGAUUGUUGAGAGCAUGUUUGAUCGAUGCUUUUCUGAAGGCAACAUUAAGCAAGCUGUCGGGAUUGCACUUGAAUCAAGGAGAUUGGAUAAACUGGAAGCAUGCAUCAAUGUCAGUGGGGAUCGUGCAGGUACUCUGGCUUAUACUCUUGAAGCGUGCCAGACCUUGGUCCAAAGUCGAACAUUCAGAAACACUGUGCUUACAGUGCUAGUGCAAAUUUAUCGCACGUUGGAAACACCAGAUUAUCAAAACAUCUGCCUUUGCCUUAUGUUGCUCGAAGAUGACAAGGCUGUCGCAGCGCAACUUGGCGAGUUGAUCAAGAGGGAUGAUGAAGAAAGCGAGCUGAUGGCAUAUCAGAUUGCCUUCGACUUGUGCGGCAGUGACAUGCAACACUUCCUCUUGGCUGUCAGGAGCGGGUUGCCAGUACCGGCGAGUGAGAGACAAAGUGCUGAACCUCCAUCGACGGCAGAGGGUGGAGAAGAGAAGGCCGAAGGUGAUACCGAGAUGAAAGACGCGGAGCCUCCACGAGAAUUGACCGAAGCGGAGAAGAAGCUUGAAACCAGAGUCAAGAACUUGAGGAAGAUUCUGAGUGGUGAGACUACGAUUGGAAUCCACCUGGAGUUCUUGUUCCGCAACAACAAGACGGACAUGCUAAUUUUGAACAACAUCAAAUCAGCGCUUGAAGUGCGUAAUUCGAUCACUCAUCAAGCAACUGUCUUCGCAAACGCUGUAAUGCACUGUGGAACUACAGUAGAUACCUUCAUCAGCCAGCCAGAGAAUUUGGAAUGGCUGAAACGUGCUUCAAAUUGGGCUAAAUUCAGUGCAACGGCAUGCGUGGGAAUGAUUCACAAGGGAUGCAUCAAUAGUAGCCGAAACGUAAUGAAAGCGUUCCUUCCACCAGAGACAGGCAUGUCAAGCCAGCCCUAUUCAGAAGGAGGUGCUCUUUAUGCUCUCGGAUUGAUCCAUGCUGGACAUGGUGAAGGAAUUCUCAAGUAUCUCAGUAAUGAAUUGAAGAAGAUUAAGAAUAAUGAGACCGUGCAGCAUGGCGCUUGUUUGGGAUUGGGCCUUGCUGGAAUGGCAAGCGCGAAUGAUGAACUUUAUGAAGAUUUGAAGGACGUUCUCUUUCAAGACAAUGCCGUUGCUGGUGAGGCUGCUGGACUUGCGAUGGGAUUGGUCAUGUUGGGCACAGCUUCUGAAAAGGCAUGUGAAGAAAUGCUCGCGUAUGCCCAGGAUACUCAACAUGAAAAAAUUAUUCGUGGACUGGCAAUCGGUAUGGCCCUGAUCAUGUAUGGACGUGAAGAGGGAGCAGAUACCAUGAUAGAGCAGCUUACCAGAGACAAGGAUCCCAUUUUGAGAUAUGGUGGAAUGUACACUAUAGCCUGUGCCUACUCUGGAACUGGAAACAACAGCGCUAUCAGACGCUUGCUUCACGUGGCAGUGUCUGAUGUGUCGGAUGACGUGCGAAGAGCCGCGGUUACUUGCCUUGGAUUUGUCCUGACAAAUACGCCCGAACAGUGUCCUAGAGUUGUCUCGUUGCUGGCUGAAUCUUACAAUCCGCAUGUGCGCUACGGAUCCGCGCUUGCUUGUGGUAUUGCAUGUGCUGGAACAGGAAUGCAAGAAGCGAUCGAACUUCUUGAGCCCAUGACGAAGGACUCAACUGAUUUUGUCCGUCAGGGAGCUAUGCUUGCACUAGCAAUGGUAUUGAUUCAGGAGACUGAAGUCAGGCAACCUAAGGUAAAGGAUUUCAGAAACUCGUUGGAAAAGAUGAUCAAGGACAAGCAUGAGGAUGUCAUGGCGAAAUAUGGAGCAAUCAUUGCCAUGUCAAUUCUUGAUGCGGGUGGUAGAAAUGUCACUGUUUCGUUGACAACGAGACUGGGGAACAAGAGAAUGAGUGGAAUCGUUGGAAUGGCGGUAUUCUGCCAAUAUUGGUAUUGGUUCCCUUUGGCACAUUUCAUCUCACUCACUUACUCGCCUACCUGCCUUAUUGGAUUGAACAAAGAUCUGAAGAUGCCAGUUUUCGAUUUUAUCUCGCAUACGAAACCUUCUACAUUUGAUUAUCCUCCUAUGACAGAAGUCAAGACAAGCACUGCGCCGUCAAAAGUUGCUACUGCCAUUUUGUCCACAACAGCGAAGACAGAGGCUAGAAAGAAGGGGAAGAAGGACGAAGAUGGAAAGAAAGAAGAAGAAGGGGCUGACAAGAUGGAUGUCGUGAAGGAAGAGCCUGGCAAGGAUGAUACAGAGAACAAAGAUGCCAACAAAUCAAUGGAUGAGGACAAGCAAGGAGGUGAGAAGAAGAAAGAGCCGAACACGACCACUCUCUCUAAUCCUGCAAGGGUGCUUCCCGCUCAAAGAAAGUACAUCACGAUGCCUGCAGAUUGCAGAUACGAGCCGGUGUCAAAGAAGCUCUGGGGUAUUGUAAUGCUGAGGGAUCUGAAGCCGGACGAGAAGGCGGAGAUUGUGGAGGUGACGAUACCUGCAACAGCGCUCCCACCGAAGGAGGAGGAGGAGCCCCCCCCUCCUGAGCCCUUCGAGUACACUGAUUAGAUUACCUUUGUUGUUGGCUUCCAGAGUACACAGGGAAGUAAAACAAAUACGUGAU